CCACUUGAAGAGCCACCACUUGAAGAACCACCACUUGAAGAGCCGCCGGUUGAAGAAGCACCUGUUGAUGAUCCACCAGUCUCGGUUGAAGAGCCGCCGGUUGAAGAACCACCUGUUGAUGAUCCACCGGUUUCAGUUGAAGAUCCACCAGUUGAAGAACCACCACUUGAAGAACCACCACUUGAAGAGCCGCCGAUUGAAGAAGCACCUGUUGAUGACCCACCGGUUUCAGUUGAAGAUCCACCAGUUGAUGAUCCACCUGUUGACGAUCCUCCAGUCUCGGUUGAUGAACCACCAGUUGAAGAACCUCCAGUUGAUGAUCCACCAGUCUCAGUUGAAGAUGCAUCAGUUGAAGAACCACCGGUUAAAGAACCACCAGUGGAUGAUCCACCGGUCGAUGAAGCGCUAGUUGAAGAACCACCAGUUGAAGAACCGCCAGUGGAUGACCCACCAGUCUCAGUUGAAGAUCCACCUGUUGCUGAUCCACCAGUCUCGGUUGAAGAACCACCGGUUGAUGAUCCACCAGUCUCGGUUGAAGAACCGCCAGUUGAUGAUCCACCGGUUUCAGUUGAAGAUCCACCAGUUGAAGAACCUCCAGUUGAAGAAGCACCAGUCUCGGUUGAUGAACCACCGGUUGAAGAACCACCAGUUGAAGAACCGCCAGUGGAUGACCCACCAGUCUCAGUUGAUGAUCCACCACUUGAAGAGCCACCACUUGAAGAACCACCACUUGAAGAGCCGCCGGUUGAAGAAGCACCUGUUGAUGAUCCACCAGUCUCGGUUGAAGAGCCGCCGGUUGAAGAACCACCUGUUGAUGAUCCACCGGUUUCAGUUGAAGAUCCACCAGUUGAAGAACCACCUGUUGAUGAUCCACCAGUCUCAGUUGAAGAUGCAACAGUUGAAGAACCACCUGUUGAUGAUCCACCGGUUUCAGUUGAUGAUCCACCAGUCUCGGUUGAAGAUCCACCAGUUGAAGGACCUCCAGUUGAAGAAGCACCAGUCUCGGUUGAUGAACCACCGGUUGAAGAACCACCAGUUGAAGAACCGCCAGUUGAAGAACCGCCAGUGGAUGACCCACCAGUCUCAGUUGAAGAUCCACCUGUUGCUGAUCCACCAGUCUCGGUUGAAGAACCACCGGUUGAUGAUCCACCAGUCUCGGUUGAAGAACCACCAGUCGAAGAACCACCAGUUGAAGAACCGCCAGUGGAUGACCCACCAGUCUCAGUUGAAGAACCACCGGUUGAAGAUCCACCUGUUGAUGAUCCACCGGUUUCAGUUGAAGAUCCACCAGUUGAAGAAGCACCUGUUGAUGAUCCACCAGUCUCAGUUGAAGAACCACCUGUUGAUGAUCCACCGGUUUCAGUUGAAGAUGCACCAGUUGAAGAAGCACCUGUUGAUGAUCCACCAGUCUCGGUUGAUGAACCACCGGUUGAAGAACCACCAGUUGAAGAACCGCCAGUGGAUGACCCACCAGUCUCGGUUGAAGAAGCACCUGUUGAUGAUCCACCGGUUUCAGUUGAAGAUCCACCAGUUGAAGAACCGCCAGUGGAUGACCCACCAGUGGAUGAUCCACCUGUCUCAGUUGAUGAUCCACCAGUUGAAGAGCCACCAGUGGAAGAACCACUUGAAGAACCACUGGUUGAUGAUCCACCAGUCUCGGUUGAAGAAGCACCAGUGGAUGACCCACCAGUCUCGGUUGAUGAACCACCGGUUGAAGAACCACCAGUUGAAGAACCACCGGUUGAUGACCCACCAGUCUCGGUUGAAGAACCGCCAGUGGAUGACCCACCGGUUUCAGUUGAAGAUCCACCAGUUGAAGAAGCACCGGUUGAUGACCCACCAGUCUCAGUUGAAGAUCCACCUGUUGAUGAUCCACCUGUUGGAGAACCGCCAGUGGAUGACCCACCAGUCUCGGUUG